GCAAGCAUCUAGCCUAUUACAACGCUAUUAACCAAUAUUUACUGUAUCUACACUGCAGAUGAGUUGAUUUUAUUUUCACUGCCUGGUUUUCCCCACCCUCUGGUUGACUGCACCAAAUGCUGCACUGAUUAGAGACUAAAAUAAUAAUAAUAAUAAUAAUCAAAACAAAUGGCAGCACGUGUUCGGCAUCUGGUUUGUUGUGAUUAAGUGACAGUUGUUCCACCCACUUUCACGCCUUUCUCUGUUCGCCACACGUGCUGUAGCGUUAGUAAGUUACUCAUUUAGUUAGUCAGUUACUUAGUUAGCUAGUUUGCUGCGUCAGCUACAGCGACGUAAUUGCGCCGCAAUUGGGGACUAAUGAAAUAUUCUUGAUACGCAUUUAACCCACAGAAACCGAAGGAGAGCAAAGGUGUUAAUUACCCAUCGCUAUGGCAGCCAUUAAUCCUGCGGGUGAAAAUAGAAAGUGGGGGAAAAAUAUGAGCAACCUCUUCUUGACUUUCCACUCAAUUAAAAAAUCGUUAAAAGGAAGCCAAACGCUUAACGGUGCAUGAUUGAGAGGAUUUUCUUACAGGCAAAUUCAGCAAUUUGAAACGAAAAUUCUAUUAACCGAAAUAGUAAAAGGUUAUUUGUGAUGAAAUCUUUGAUUUUUGUAUCAUUUGCAAUCGAUUUGGACCAUAACCUAUCUAUAAAGUUAGUUAGUCCCAGUAGCCUGAGUCAAAUUCUGAAUCCAAAAAUCAAAUUCUGAAUCCAAAAUGAAUAUAUUUCUUCUAUAUUUCGUACUACUGAUGAUUCUCCUGAUAAGGAGUGCCCGUUCGAUGAGCUUUGACCUGCCCUUCUAUGGUUAUGACUCCUAUAUGGACACCUAUUUGGACAACACUAACGAUGAAAUAUCUGAAGAUGGGCAGCGCAAUCAGAAUGCCAAUGAACAAGUUACUAUAGAGCCACAGCCUUUACUAUUAUACUCGACUACAUCACCAUACAAGAGUAAUCCAUCUUAUGAAAAUGCAGAUUGUGGUCGGGAUGAAAAUGACUGUUGUGAUAGUAACAAUACCAGGAAAAAGGCCACUUAUAUUGCCCAAAAUGCCGCCCAGGUGGCCAAGGCCGCCAAUGAAGCUCAGGCGGCGGCAGCCGAAGAUGCCUCGCGUCGGGUUAAAAUGCAAUUGGCCGAUAAGGCCAUCUGUGCUGCUCGUGCCGCCAAUGCUGUUCUGGCAGGCAAAAAAAUCGUAGUGGAUAACUAUGCAAGGGAGAUCGGAGAAGCCGAAUCCGUUGUGGAUCAGGUGAGCAUUUCCCUGGAGCGUAGCGAAGAAAACGCGGAGGCCGCCUGUUCAGCGGCCAAAACGGCAGAAAAUGAAACCAACUCAUUCAGGGCCCAGGUGGAGCAGACACGCGCUAUUUUAUCUGAUAUCGAUGACCUAAUAGAGAACAAUAAUGCAGAUCUUCAGGAUAACACCCAAAUGUUGAAGGAAGCGAUGGCGCGUGGUGAUUACUUGACCCGCCAGGUGGCGGUGGCGAGGUCGGAAUAUGGACAGGUGAAAGAGGCGGCCUGCCGAGCAGCCUGCGCCGCCGUGGAGGCCAAACAGAAAGCAGGUUCCUCAGAUGAUGUUUGUGGGCCUUCACCGGCUCCUCCGCCAAGAACUGGAGGAUGUGGCUCUGCCAGUGACAGUAAAGAAUGCAACGCCCUUUUGGAACUCUACAGGCAGCGGCGCCGGCAACAACAACGACAGAGGCGAGAAAAGCUUAAGGAUCGGGCAGAUCAUGAACAAGGGCAGUACAGGGAAGAUCACUUCUACGAUAGGAUGCGCUCUAUAUACCGAUAGGGCAUACAGGUUGCUUCUAUUAUUAUUGUUAUUAUUUUUAAUAAUUUAAUUACACUGUUCAUUUCGUAUUGUAAUGAAGAGAAAUACACAGAGUAAUAUACAGAUAUAUUUACAAGUUGUAUUCUUUCCCAAAAACGAAUCUUGUCUGGCAAUCGCUUCAUUCUUUAAAGGAUCAGAGUGAUUCAUUUCCCCUUUAAUUCAAGUGCAUUCUAUUUUUUGAUAGAGGUUCCAAAGUGUACGUUCUAUUUUUAUAAUGACUGCAGAUUACAUUUCUAAUUUAGCAAAUACUAUAGAUUGCACAAUCUAUUUUUGAAAUAGUUGCAGAUAACAUUCAAGGACUGAUCUCAAUUGCAGUCUAUGAUUUUAUUGAAAAAUCAAUAUUAAAACGAAUAUGCAUUGAUCAUUUAAUUUAAGUCGAGGAUCUUCUUUAUGAAUGAACACUGUAGCUGUCUGAAUAUGCAAUUGUUUACCAACAAAUUCGCUUUGCAGUGCCGUAAUUCUUGCGAAAUAAACAAUAACAUUGCAGCCAUGUUGUUGGGCGAAUGGAAUAGGCAAAGGAAAACGGGUGCAAGGCCAAAAAAUCAGCGAAACACGGUCGCAAAGAGAAGAAGGAGAUAGAGCGUGGAAAAGCCAUCUUUUUCCAGUCAAAGAUCGAAAAAAGAAACACAGCUGCCUAUGCAAUGCGUCCAGCUGUUUGGGUUUUUCCUUCUUUUUCUUUUCUUUUGAAUUUUAUACAUUUUGGUGAAAACGGUGGGCGGUUGGGUGUUAAAUGUGCAACGGCAGCAGGGUUGCCACCUUUUGCGGCGCUGUUGCGCCGUUGUUGUUUUUAUUGCUAUUUUGGCGUCGCUUCUUGAAACUCGAAACGGAAGAGAGAAGGAGAGCAAAAGCGAAAGAGAGAUAGGGCGCGCGCAUUUCGCAGCGGGCGACAGAAAGAGAAAGGAAAGCAAAGAAGAGAACAAAAUCCAUCGAAUAAGAAUAAAUUAAAUUAUAAUUUUAAAAUCGUCAAUUAACACUUGAAGUAUAUUUAAUUAAGUAAUUACAAAAACGUGAAAGUCAUGGUAAAAAGUGUGAAAUUUUCCUUUAAAGUAGUAAACGAUGUUCGGUUUUUAUUGUUGGCUGGCUCUAUGUAAAUCGAUUCUUUCAGGCCUUUUUGAUUAUUUUGAAUUUAAAUUAAAUAGCAAAUAUCAAGCAAAUCAUCAACUUAGACUAAUGUUUCUAACUUUUUCUUAAAUCAACUAGACAUUUUAAUUGCUUUUUUGAAUAAAACAUAUAGAUAUUUACGGUGUUAAAAGUAAAAAGUUAAACCUAAACAGCAGCUUCGAACCUCUGGCUUGUACAUUAUUUCAUGCUGACCUUAGCAUUUUUUUAAAUAAAUAAAACAUUUGGUAAAAUAUAAGCCGCAAUUAAAUUGGUUCAAAAGUCUAAUUGUGUUUUAGCUAUGCUAUUCAAGAAUAUAGUUUUCAAUAAGUGAUAUAAAGUUUGAUUUUAAUAAAGUAAUAAGUGGAACUUUAUGGAACUUAAAAUGCCGGCAAGUCCAAUUGGCUUGCCUUUUGGGCGCUUAACAGCAACACUGUUAACAGUUAACAGCACGCUGUAUUAUGUUGGACGCUUGAGUUUCGGCUCUCUCUCUAACUAUUCUCUUUUUUCAACCUAACCAAACAGAAAAACAGAAGCAUAAA